AUGAAUAACAUGAAUGAGGAGAUGUUGUUCCUAACUCCAAACACAGGACUCUUUGUGGGUCUAAACAAAGGGCAUGUUGUCACCAAGAAGGAAUUAGCACGUCGUCCUUCCGACAGAAAAGGGGAAGUUGACCCUUGUGAGGAGUUAACUGAUGAUGACAUCAGAACUACUAUACAAAAUGCAACAAGCCCUAGAUCUGCAUUGUUUGUACCUGAAAUGGGCCAUCGAUGUAUGGUGAAUGAGUUACAGAGAUUUCCUGUUCUCAGAAAGAGAAUGGAUAAUGUCAUAGGGAAUUUUUUAAGUGAUGGUCUUCAGCCUUCCGAAACCAUGAUUGGGCACAUAGUUGAAAAGGAGAUGGAUUACAUAAACACAUCACACCCGAAUUUUGUGUGUGGGAGUAAAGUUGUGGAGGUUACCUUGCAGCAAGUGAAAUCUUCUAAGCUUGCAACAACAGUGUCGAGGCAAAAGGAUGGAGUUGAGUAUGAAAAAGCUCCACAAUCUGAAAGGGGUAUAAAGUCACGUGCAAUUCUUUCUAGGCCUGUUAAUGGAAUUGCCACAGAACAAGUUCUCUUUUUUGCAUUUAACUUUUAA